AUGUCGAUGCGCCCCUGUCCAUACUUACCCAACUCCGAUUCGACUCCCUCCCAAGCCCAGACCGAAGACUCGUCCAGAUACCAAGUUAAAUCACCGCCGGAUUUCCGGAGCAAGUUGCUGAUGGAGAUGGAGGAGCUCGAGCGGAAGCGAUUACAAGAAGAGGCCGAUCUGCAAGAGAACGAGCGCCGAAGGAUGAUCCUCGAGCAAGAGCGACCUCCACCGGACAGAUUCUGGGGUCACAGGGUCCACAGCUGGGUCCUCAUCCUCCCGAAUGACCCGUCUGAGACGACUCGCUACGAGGAGAUCAAGUCACCUCUCUUCAUCGAGGCAACAUCAGGAUACUUCUACCACCUGGACGACCCCGACACUCGACUUCUCUAUCACGGCGUCGAGAGUGUCUGGAACGACAGGAACUACUGGGCUAAUAUGCAGGUCUGCACGGACUCUUGUGAAGCCCUCAACUGGGACCUGGACAACCCUCGCUACUGGGAGCACCUCCUCCCGGGGGAGCCCUCACGACUCAUCAUCUCCGACGAGAAAGAAGAGGACUACAAUCCGCUGCAGGACAAGCACCUCGACAUGCCCUUCUCCUACGUAGACGAGAUCCAAAUCUCAAGUCUUGACUUUGAGCGGAGGUACCCCAACGGCCGAAAGGUCAUCUUCUUCAAGAAGACCAAAGCGGAGUUCUUCGCCCCCUACGUUCAGAUGGACGGACUCACCUCCAAGAUCACGGAGUUCGAUGAUUACGAGUAUCAGUCACCCGUAAAAAUACUCGAGGAGUAUCAGAACCGGGGGGACAAGCUCAUAGAGUCGACCAAGGACUUGAUCUCCGGAAGUGUGAGCGACUCCUAUGAGCGGGGACGUCCGGAUGCUUGCAAGGAGCACAGAUACUCGUCGAUGGGGACGAAUUCCGUGGAGGACGAGAGGUCUUUGGAGUUCUUUGAUGUCAUCAGGAUCGACGGACUCAGAAGGAUUGAGACCAGUCAGACACAUCUGACUCAGCAUUACGUUAAUCGGAAAGACUUCUUGUACUACAGGAGUGUUCAGUUCUCCACUGACAACGGACAAGUUCCUCAGCAUAACAUUCAUUACAGGAACAUCUCGAAGAUAACGGAAAUGUUCGGAAGGAACGAAACAGUCGAGGCGAAGAGGGACGUCGCAGUCAGAGAAUUCUGUAUUGAUGAUAACGAGAUCAGGUUGAAGUAUCAUUACCGAGAGGACGAGGUGACCCGGGCUAUGAGAACUUUCGUCAAGCCACCGGUGGCUGAGAGGGGCGAACGUCUGGUGUUCAAUGAGGAGAUGACCAGUGGGUACGAUCCCGACCCCAUGGCGGUCCCUCCGAAAUCGUUGGAGCUGUUCUAUCUGCUGGAGACCCUGCUGAAGGAUGAAGUCAAGGCGAUUAAUCAUGUCAGAGAUGCUGAGAAGGAGAUCUCGGUGUUCUUGAAGACCAGGAAGAGGGAGUACUUCAUGCCUAAACUUGUGGUUUCGCUGUUUGAUAGGAAUAGGAAUGAAGAGGCCAAGGCAGGGAUGUUUGCUAAGGAAGAGUUACUUCGUGCGCAGAGUCAGAGAGAGAUUGAGGCGGAUAUCGACUAUUUGCGUCCGUUCCUGGCGAGACUCGGUAAUCCCAAAACUCUGACGAAACACCAGGCAUUUGAGGUGCGCCAGGAAUGCCUGAAUGAUCUUAAGCUGACGUUGACGAACCGAGCGAAUGAUAUCUUGAGGCGAUUCGAGGAUUGCAAGAGGAUCUUGCAAGGACUGCAGCAAAAAUUGGCUGAAGAUGAGGAUCUCGCCAAAGAAGAGAAGGAAAAACUGACCACAGAGACCAACGAAGUCAGCAUGAGAAUGCACACCCUAGACAUUCGUCUUAAACGUCACGUAGAAUUAUCUUCAGAGCGUUAUCGAGUCAUGGUGAGAAUUCUCGAUGAGGACGAACGGCUGUCAGCACUCAAGGAUUGA